UUCAGCUCAUCAAAAUCUAAAAAUCUGUCCCAUAUUUCUCUUUCUUUUAUCAACUACUGGCUUUGUGCAGCAGGCCCCAUAUUUUAAAAUCAAGCUAAUUCCCCAGAUACAUUUCCAUGUAAAAUCUGAAAUUCCUAAUUUGGUUCCCUAUCUUGCAUGGUGAACUAAAUUAUUUUCACGAGCCCUUCAGGGCAUAUUGUCAGCACUGACUUACUGCAGUUAUGCACCAUAUCCCAACCAUUAACAUCGCUUCCAAAUAUAGUGUAUUGACAAGGUACCUGGUACAGUGUAAAUCCUAGGGACAUUUGAUCCAGAUCGUUAAAACCGAGUGAAGGAAGCAAAGAACAGAUCAGGUUACUAAUUCAAACAAGCAAUGAAUUAUUCAUUCCAUUAUUAAUUCGACAGGCCUCCAGCUAUUUUUUCCCUCUCAGAUAGGCUGCAUUGAGUAUACUUCUGCUGUUUUCUGGCACUGGGUCCAUUUGUCUCUUCAUAGCUGUGUCAAAGGAUGCAGCAGAUGCUUCUCCAACACCUUGUGACAAUAACUUUCUUGUGCACAGCGAGUGGGAUAAACGCCAAGAAAGGCAUCAAAUGUGGUGGUGUCCUCUCAGCGCCACAUGGCAAUGUCUCAAGCCCGAAUUUCCCUGGACUCUACCCAUACGAUACAGAUUGCAUGUGGCUCAUAGUGGUAACAGAAGGGUCCUCUGUUCUUCUCACCUUUCAUCACUUUGACCUGGAAUACCAUGACAACUGUGAAUUUGACUACCUCAUGAUUUACAACGGGAUCUCGGAAGACCAAGGCAAUCUCCUAGGAAAAUUCUGUGGCACAAGUUUUCCUCCACCAUUUACCUCAUCUUGGAACAUCAUGACUGUAAUAUUCCACUCAGAUAACCAUGUGGCCAGCCAAGGAUUCUCUGCAGUUUACCAAAAAGAUGUUUGUGGGGGGGUGCUCACCGGCCUCUCAGGAUCAAUAACAAGCCCUGAUUACCCCGAGAAUUACCCCAACAAUGCCGAAUGCCAUUGGGUCAUCCAGGCAACUUCAAAUUCUGUCAUCAAACUGAUUUUUGUGGACUUCCAGAUGGAAAACAGUGAGCAGUGCAAUUUUGAUUAUGUGGCCAUCUUUGAUGGGCCAACUAUGGGGGAUACACUCCUCGGUCACUUUUGUGGGCAUGUGAAGCCUCCGGACAUCUCUUCUGCACAGGAACUGCUGGUUGUGUUCAAAUCAGACUUUAACAUUGCAGGCAGAGGCUUCAAAGCAUAUUUCUUUUCAGGUGCAUGUCAGGAGGUGUACACAGCCGUCAAAGGAAAUUUCUCCAGUCCUCAGUAUCCCAACUAUUACCCCAAUAAUAUCAAGUGUCACUGGGCCAUCCAGCUGCCCCCAGGAUAUCGAAUCAAAGUCUUCUUCCUGGACUUGGAUCUGGAGGGGCGGAACAGCCUGACAGAUGGCUGUGAUUAUGACCAUCUGGCUGCGUUUGAUGGAGGCACCGAGAAGGCGUCUCUGCUGGGGAAGUGGUGUGGGAGAGAAAUGCUGUCUCCUAUUAUAUCCAGUAGAAACAAGCUGCUAUUGGUCCUUCACACAGACAGGAACACAGCCAACCGAGGUUUCUCUGUUGCAUACAUCGGAGUUGUCCUCAUGAAUGUCAGCUGCACACGGACAGAGUUUCAGAUCCAGAUUCCCACACAGUCACUGGCUCAGCUGGAGAGGAAUAAGAUAUAUUUAGGAAUCCCAUCCUGCCCUGCACAAGUGGUCGGCUUGAAUUUUAGGAUACAUGCAAGGUUUGAAACCUGUGGUACAGAACCGCAAAAAAGAAACAACACGUCUGUGAUUGUCAGCAUCCUGUAUAUUGACUUUUCAGAUGGAAAUCAGGAAGACAUUCACCAAUAUGAAGUGCAGUGCGAACCCAAAAGGAAAGAGGCCUCUGUGAAUCUUAUCUCUGGCUCUGAUCCCUACAGACUGAACCAGUAUGCAGAGAACCUGGUGGAGUCCCAACAGCAGGAUAUGGAGGCAGUAGACGUCUACGAGAGCAAGGGCCAGGACACCAGUGACAUUGUCUUCAUCAGCAUCUGUAUUCUUGCUGGGGUUCUCAUGAUCAUUGCUAUUGUCGGGUUAGUCUUGCUAUAGGGAUGCAGCCUUUCGGGCACCUAUCCUCUUGGCACUCCUUCCAUGUCAGCUACUCAAUGAGACUCACAUGAGAGGCAGCUUCUUCUGGAGCUGGGUUAAAAUGCUCACUUAUAGUGGCAACUCACCACAUCAGGCUAGCCUUGUCCCCUGCCAGUUUAGAUCUGAACAGGACUCCUGAGCUUUUGCUCAAAAUCACACGCUUAGAGUGUAUCUGCACCAGCACACCUUCUUAAUACUCGUUUUCAUUUAAUGUAAAUUUGCCCCUCAUUUCCCCAGUACUAAUCUUCGUUGGUGGCAAGGGGAAAUUAUGGGUAUAAAAGGAGAAUUCCUGGAUGCCAAGAUCGAAGUUUGGGGCAAGUAUUUUUUGGUGAGAGAAUCCCAGCAGAGAUUUAUAAUCACAAAACAUGCAGCAAAGUGUGGGGAGGGGAGGCUGUUAAAUAUUUAAAAUACACCCUUGUGAGUUCCAAAAUGGUCCCUUUUCCCUCAGCAUAGAAAAAGAUCAAAUGUUUGGUACAUUAAAAAUUGGUUUACUUACAAAUACUUCAAUUGGUUUACUUACAAACAUGUCAGGUUCAUGUGCUUUUCCAUACAUCUUUCGGAAAACAUAGGCAGUAAAACUUGACUUAAUUACAGGAAAGUUCCUAAAUUAUUGGUACAGGAACACAAUAAUGGCUUGUUAGAGCCAUGCAGUCUGCGCUUGGAGCAACCAGCUCAGACCUCACACGUUGAGGUUCUCAGGCAGGUUGGGAGAGAACAAUAGGUUUGAUUACCUUCCUCCCGAGGUGAGGGGAUGUGACCUAGCUAAGCCUGGCAUGUCGGGUUGCUCUGUGGCUUUAACACCUUCAUGCAUUAAUUAGACUUAAGCAUGUUGAUUAUAUGAGGCUGAGAAAUUUUGUAUGUAUAUGUGAUCACCUCUCUUAGAAUAAUUGUGGGUUUCUGGGGACUUCAAAAAAAUAGUACUGCUUAUGCAAAAUUACUUCUGUGCACUCCUGUCAUCAUACAAAUCAAUAACUUUGAAGCAGUAUGCAGAAGAGAUGGGUGUGAAGAGGUAUACUUUAACACUGAAAAAGGCAAUCUCAGUAUUAGGAAUAGGAUAUGAAAAUCAAACAGCAAGUAAUGUGUAUGCCUUCACAUAAACUGCCCUAUGGUGUGUCCCUGUUUAAAAUUCUAUGUUCAGUUCUCUCACCCCAUCUCUAAAAGGGUAUGGUAGAGGUGGAAAAGAUACAAAAUGGAGAAACUAAAAUGAUUAGGAGAGAUGGAGCACCUUCCCUUAUGGAGAAAAGCUUAAGAAGACAGAGAGUCUUAAUGUUGCUUUAAAGAGUGGUGUGACACUUGAACUGCUCUUUAACCUGCUUGUGUGAAGAAACUAGUGAUUAAAGAACAUUAACAAGUAACUAAUCCACAUUAAGAGAUCUUGAGUGUGUACUCUUGUCUCCUUUGAGAAGAUAUCACACUGCUUAUGGAAUAGUGGAAAAAUCACAGCAGCCUGUAAGAGACAUUGCAGCAGAAGUAUUAUAGUUCCUUAGCAUCUUGAUAACCUAUAAGCCAGAUGCUUUUGUACACAUUAGGAGCAGAGGGUUGGUGUGUUCAUAUGCCAAGGGUAGGGUGAGGAACCCACAGUUUGUUCAUACUACAUAUUGCUCUUUAGACUUAAGAAGUCAGCCUCUGACAUGAUAAAAAAACUUUUAGAGUCUUGAAAUAAUUCAGAGCCAGUAUUCCAUCUCUCUUCUUAAAGAAAAAAGAUGCACACCAAUUCUUCCCUUUCUUAAUAAAAAAUCUAGCUUUGUUUUUUUGAAAAAUGUUUUUUUCUAACAAUCUAGCUGGUCUUCCAUUUAAAACCAUAAAGCAAAUUUAAAUAUUCCUGGGACAAAUCCAAAAGCUGGUUUUUAAAGUAACAAGUUUAUGAGUACAAAUCACCUGGGGCAGAACUACACUCGUGGUUUAUAACGUUAAGGAAUGAUUUUCAUAAUGGAGAUGGACACAUUACAUUUUGCUUGUAAUGUUCAUAAUGUGUUAUUAAAAUUUGACACCAGAGGACGCUGCAGAGCAACCAGGAACCAGCAGUAGGGAAACUGCGUUUUGACGGAUAAAAACAAGGUAAGGAACAUUUUUAAUUUACCAGUAUGCCCUGUGACGCUUUAGAACGAUCUAUCUAAUACCGUUCCAAUAACGGUUAAAAGGUCAGUGUGGAUCCAGCCCUGGAAUCCUAUACCCUGUUGAAAGAAAUAAGUGCUGAUCAAGUGUGUAGGUACCCUUAUGGGAUUUUAGCAUAUGUACAGGUAAAACAGGAGUAGACAGAAGUUAAGCCUUCUUAAUAUUUUUGUCCUGGUAGUGAUUUUGCCUUGCAUGGGCAAUGUUAACAAACAUAUUUUUUUGUUUUAAGCUUCAAAAGGUCUGAUAGUUCAUGAGUUCACAAUUCUCUGAUUACAUGCGAUACUCAUAUAUUUAAAUAAUCACUUCUUAGCACAUGAUAUUUCAUGAUAAAUUCAUGAAGUUCUACUUAAAUGAUUUCCACAGAGUGCCUAUUUGAGCAAGUCGGUUUCACUUUUAAAUGACCAAGAGAGACAGCUAUGGCAAGCCUUCAAGCGCUUUAUUUCUGAAAUGUUGCACAUACAGUGCUUUGCCACCUUCAGUCUCUUGAUGCUGCUCAUAGCUUCUUAAACCUAGCAAGGGAAACCAAUAACCAUUGUACUAACAGUGGGGGACUGGCUAUGGCAUAAUUACAAGUGAAAGGUUCCCCCAUUCUGCUCCUUGAAAAUUCUGUACUACAGAAAAUCUCAGGGACAGGACAGAAUAAGUUGAAUGUGGUCUGAAUUUGUAUGAAAGUGCAUUAAUUAUAGAGAAAAAAUAGUUGUUUCUGGGUCAAAAGCAUGGGACACCUCAAUAUAAUUCAUUGUCCUUUAAUCUGGCUGCACCAAGAAAGCCACAUCAGACACAACAAUAUUCCUCUACUUGCCUAUACCAGAACUCUUAACUUCCAUUACUCCUUUUAAGUCACGAAGAAUAUUAGGUUUCAUGAAUAAAGUAGCUGACUUCUUGAUUCCCUAUUUUUAGUUGUAAAGCCACUUCAGGGUCCUUUCCCAAAAUUCUCAAAAGUUUAUUUCCAAAAGUUACAUAUAUGUGAUCCUACUAUGAUGUAAAAACAUCUCAAAAUAAACCUUGUGUCCAAACAUGG